AUGUCGGGGUUCGAAGUACCAGGUGUCAUAUUCGGUGUUUUGCCGUUCCGGAAAGCCAUCCCGCACGCGCCCUACGAUGAGAAGCUAUGUGACUUCUACACCUCCUUCUACUGGGAGGCGUCGGAGCUCAAAAGUCACAUCACAACCCUUUUUCAGCAUCUUCCAAAUCUUUCUGAGGAGAAAAGGGCAGAGAUACUGCGACAAGAAGGAUCGAGUGACUGGAACAAGGAUCCAGAGGUAGCAAGGUCCUUUUCUGAGCUACUGGUAUCCAUCGACGACCAGCACGACUUCGACGUCAUCAUGAAGAAAGUUCUAAAUUUGCUGGAUAAAUUGAUCGACGACAACUCCUUGAAAAUGACAAAAGCCGACAUGGGCCAAACAGCCAUGUUUCUCAAACUGCAGAAACUCCAGCACGAUAUUGAUUCUGGGGAGACGAAGAGCCGCCUUUAG